UCCCAACCCGUCUGUGCAGCGGGGGGAGCUGGUGCUGCAGCCCCCCCACCCUUUCCCAUCCAAGCCCCAUAAAUAGCAGCAGAACCGGAGCAGAGCGGAGCCGGUGCCAGCGGCUGGAGCAGCAAGGAGUCAGGGCCAGGGCCGGAGCCAGAGAGAGGAGAACGACUGCGAGCCCAGUGACAUGUCGGACCCUGAGAUGUCAUGGGUGCCUGAGCCCCCAACCAUGACGUUGGGGGCCUCCCGGGUGGAGCUUCGAGUAUCCUGCCAUGGCCUCUUGGACCGGGACACACUGGCCAAGCCCCACCCCUGCGUGCUGCUCAAGCUGUACUCUGAUGAACAGUGGAUAGAGGUAGAGCGCACGGAGGUGCUUCGCUCCUGUUCCAGCCCUGUCUUCUCCCGGGCACUGGCCCUCGAAUACUUUUUUGAAGAGAAGCAGCCCUUGCAAUUCCACGUGUUUGAUGCUGAGGAUGGAGCUACCAGCCCCAGCAAUGACACCUUCCUUGGUUCUACAGAGUGCACCUUGGGCCAGAUUGUGUCACAAACCAAGGUCACUAAGCCAUUACUGCUGAAGAAUGGGAAAACGGCCGGCAAGUCCACAAUCACGAUUGUGGCCGAGGAGGUAUCCGGUACCAAUGACUAUGUACAACUUACCUUCAGAGCCCAAAAGCUGGACAACAAGGAUCUGUUCAGCAAGUCCGACCCUUUUAUGGAAAUCUAUAAGACCAAUAGGGACCAGAGUGACCAGCUGGUCUGGAGGACUGAGGUGGUGAAAAACAACCUGAACCCCAGCUGGGAGCCAUUCCGCCUGUCCCUGCACUCUCUAUGCAGCUGUGAUGUCCACCGGCCUCUCAAGUUUCUGGUGUAUGACUAUGACUCCAGUGGGAAACAUGACUUCAUCGGCGAGUUCACCAGCACCUUCCAGGAGAUGCAGGAAGGGACAGCAAAACCUGGGCAGGAGAUGCAGUGGGACUGUAUCAACCCCAAGUACCGGGACAAGAAGAAGCACUACAAGAGCUCAGGGACCGUAGUGCUGGCCCAGUGCACGGUGGAAAAGGUGCACACCUUCCUGGAUUACAUCAUGGGUGGCUGCCAGAUCAGCUUCACGGUGGCCAUCGACUUCACCGCCUCCAAUGGGGACCCAAGGAGCAGCCAGUCCCUACACUGCCUCAGCCCCCGACAGCCGAACCAUUACCUGCAGGCCCUUCGAGCAGUGGGAGGCAUCUGCCAGGACUAUGACAGUGAUAAGCGGUUUCCAGCUUUUGGCUUUGGGGCUCGGAUCCCCCCCAACUUCGAGGUGUCACAUGACUUUGCUAUCAAUUUUGACCCGGAAAACCCAGAAUGUGAGGAGAUCUCGGGGGUCAUUACCUCCUACCGCCGUUGCUUGCCCCAGAUUCAACUCUAUGGCCCCACCAACGUGGCCCCCAUCAUCAACCGUGUGGCUGGGCCGGCACAGCGGGAGCAAAGCACUGGCCAAGCCACGAAGUACUCGGUGCUGCUGGUGCUCACCGAUGGCGUGGUGAGUGACAUGGCCGAGACCCGCACCGCAAUCGUGCGUGCCUCCCGCCUACCCAUGUCCAUCAUCAUCGUGGGUGUGGGCAAUGCUGACUUCUCUGACAUGAGGCUGCUGGACGGUGACGACGGUCCAUUGCGCUGCCCCCAAGGUGUGCCUGCGGCCCGCGACAUCGUCCAAUUCGUGCCCUUCCGGGACUUUAAGGAUGCUGCCCCAUCUGCGCUAGCUAAGUGUGUCCUGGCUGAGGUGCCCAGGCAGGUGGUGGAGUACUAUGCCAGCCAGGGCAUCAGCCCUGGGGCUCCCAGGCCCUGCACGCCAGCCACAACUCCAAGCCCUAGCCCAUGACUGCCUUGCACUGGACCAAGGACACUCCCUCAGCCUCUCAGUGCCUGUCAUCCUGACCUUUGUGACUCAAGUGACCAGUGCCUCUGCCUCUUGGUCCAGCUGUGCCCCCUGGGUGAUGGAAGUGAGAUGUGGGCCCUGCCCCCAUCUAUCCCAGCCCCAUACCCUUUAACUGUGUAGUCCCUCAGUGACUUCCAUCAGUGAUCUGACUUUCUGGUCAUUAAUAAAGGGAACCAUUCCUAGCACUUCAGCCUCUACCUAUCAUGUUUU